UUUUACGAGGCCUCGAGUUCGAUUCCUUGGGCGAGACCGAUUCGCGGUAAAAUAAACGUAGGCGGUCUGGGGAUCGAUUCCUUGGGCGUACAAUCUUAACGAGGUCUCGGGAUCGAUUCCUGGGGUGAGACCGAUUCCAGGUUCGAAUCCCUGGGAAACAAUAAAAAAUGUAGGGUUUGUACUCUUUAGAUUAGACGCAAUGAAAGCAUGCAGCUGAUCGGUCGAGAUGGAGCGCGGCCGGAAUCGCGGCGCUGCCAACGCUGCGGCAUCGCAAUCGCAAUCGCAAUCGCAAUCAUCUCCAGCGCGCGCGUCGGCGUCGAGGUUGAAUCUCUCUGUUGCGUGUGUUUGGAUGGGGAAUGCGAUUUCUGCGUGGAUUCCAGGCGCAAGGAUGGAGCUGGAGGUCGGCUGGGGAGUCUCCAGAGCGCUCUAGGCCGGCAUGUCGACAGGGCGAUCUCGGGAAUCCACAAGCUCGUGAAUGAGAGCCCCGAAAUACAAGCGCUGAGGUCUUCUAGACAGAGCGCGAAUGGAGAGCUCCCAGGCACCGAUUCCACAUCAUCCAGCGACGAAAUCUCUUGGAAGGAUUUGUAUCGGAUAAACUGGACGCCAAAGGAGCUGCGAGUGAAAUUCCGGCAGCAAAUGGAGGGGUACCAGCUUGGUGCCAACUUUGAGGUAGUAAGAGAUGAGUUUGAUGGGAUCCAAGAGCACGGGUGCAACACCAAGAUCGUGCUCAAGCCCGUCGGGAACGAUCCAAAGUGGAAGCUCAUGUUUGAGCCCAAGCAAGGAGAUAUCCGGCUCAUCACAAGGAAAAUCCCGAUUGGACCGCUCCUAAGUUUCCAGGUUGGGCUAGGACACGACUUUCGCAGCAGAAAAAGUGGCUGGAAAUGGAGAGUGACAUCGUCCCUGGGCGAUUGUUGGCCAGCGCAAAUCAAGCAAAAGACAAGACUGGCAAUCUGUCCCGGGUUUGAUGUUAGAGUUGGAUGGAACGCGGAAUACGUCCUACCCGAUGUUCAUGGGUCCAUGGGAGUGGGAGAACCUCCGGUGGGAUUGGAUCUGGGACAUCUCAGUGCAUCGCUAGAUCGAGUGGAAGCCAUAUUCACGCACGCAACGUGAGAGGUAUAGCUUGUAGGUACGAGCAUUCUUUCUGUACAGUAAAUUCUUUGUGGUCGAAGUUACGUAAAGAACGAAUCGGCGCAGCUAGAUUUUUCCAGGCACUGCACGCUUUUCUUGUUCAAAUCAAAGAACCUUUACACCUGCCUCCACUGUGAAGUAGACUCCACCAACAGGGAAGCCGAGAGAGUACUCGUCCGAGAACUUACGAACGCUGAAUUGCUGCCUUCUCGUGAUCUUGCCAGCCGUGAUCUUACCCUUCUGCAACGCGAGGGUGAGCCUAGAAUCAUAGAGUUCCCGCUAGAAACUUGGAGAGCAAUCUAGUACCUGCUUGAAAACGAGAAUGUAGUAGCGAUGGACACCCAUAGGAGGCGAAGGGCCAGCAUAGGAGGCCGUGUUUGUACCGUGCUUGAAUACAUCUAAGUGUUUCGCAAUCUAA